AUGGGUCCAAUUAGGCGGGUUCAAUUCGCCCCCACUUCCCGCCGUGAGGCCCUCCGAUGUGCUGACGUCCACAUGGGUCAGUGCUACGGCAAGUCCAAUCUCACGCCGGAAAAUGACGCUACCGCCGCCGAGGACACUACAGUCGAUACCGUUGUUGCGGUGGCCGGAUCCGCUGACGCCCCAGUCUCUCCCCUUCCAGUGAAGGGGACGCCGGCGCGGGCGAGUCCCUGGCCCAGUCCCUACCCACAUGGUGGUGGGGUCACGCCUUCCCCGGCUAGAGGCACGCCGAGGAGGUUUUUCCGGCGUUCGUUCGCGCCGCCAUCGCCAGCGAAGCAUAUAAGGGCAUCGCUGGCGAAGCGGCUUGGGCACGCGAAGACUCCGAAAGAGGGGCCGAUCCCGGAGGAAGAAGCGGCAGCAACGGGGGCGACGGAACAGUCGCUGAAUAAGAGCUUUGGGUAUGGUAAGAAUUUUGGGGCGAAGUAUGAAAUUGGGAAAGAAGUGGGUCGAGGGCAUUUUGGUCAUACUUGUUAUGCUAAGGGGAAGAAGGGUGAACUCAAAGAUCAACCUGUUGCUGUUAAAAUCAUUUCCAAGGCGAAGAUGACAACUGCAAUAGCAAUUGAAGAUGUUCGAAGAGAGGUGAAGAUAUUAAAAGCUCUAUCUGGCCAUGAACAUCUUGUCAAAUAUCAUGAUGCUUUUGAAGAUGCCAACAAUGUGUACAUAGUUAUGGAAUUGUGUGAAGGUGGGGAGCUUCUUGACAGGAUUUUGUCAAGGGGAGGAAAGUAUUCAGAGGAGGAUGCCAAGGUAAUAGUUUUGCAGAUCCUAAGUGUAGUUGCUUUUUGUCAUCUUCAAGGUGUUGUGCACCGAGACCUUAAACCUGAGAAUUUCCUCUUCACUUCAAGAAGUGAAAAUGCUGACAUGAAGCUUAUUGAUUUCGGUCUAUCUGACUUCAUCCGGCCAGAUGAACGGCUGAAUGACAUUGUUGGGAGUGCAUAUUAUGUUGCACCUGAGGUCCUUCACAGGUCAUAUAGUCUGGAAGCAGAUAUAUGGAGUAUUGGUGUUAUCACCUACAUCUUAUUAUGCGGAAGUAGACCUUUCUGGGCACGAACAGAAUCUGGAAUUUUUCGUGCAGUGCUUAGAGCUGAUCCUAACUUUGAUGAUUUACCUUGGCCUACUGUCUCUGCGGAGGCCAAGGACUUUGUAAAACGGCUUCUAAACAAGGACUACAGGAAAAGAAUGACAGCUGUCCAAGCUCUAAGUCAUCCUUGGUUGAGGGACGACAGCCGUCCAAUCCCUUUAGAUAUAUUAGUUUAUAAACUAGUGAAGGCUUAUCUUCAUGCAACACCACUCAAACGUGCAGCAGUGAAGGCCCUUUCAAAAGCCUUGCCAGAGGAUGAAUUGCCCUACCUAAGAGCACAAUUCAGAUUGUUGGAACCAAAUAGAGACGGACUCAUCUCCCUUGACAAUUUCAAAAUGGCUCUUGUACACAAUGCAACUGAUGCAAUGAGAGAGUCAAGGGUUGUUGAGAUCAUAAAUGCGAUGGAGCCACUUGCCUAUAGAAAGAUGGACUUUGAAGAGUUUUGUGCAGCUGCAAUUAGCACAUACCAAUUGGAAGCACAUGAUAGGUGGGAAGAUAUUGCCUCAACUGCAUUUGAACAUUUUGAGACAGAAGGCAACCGUCUGAUAUCAGUUGAAGAAUUAGCCAGAGAGUUGAAUCUUGGGCCUUCAGCUUAUUCAAUUCUCAAGGACUGGAUAAGAAAUACUGACGGGAAGCUCAGUUUACUUGGAUAUACAAAAUUUUUGCAUGGUGUGACUCUCCGUAGUUCAAACCCAAGACACAGGUAG